GGGGGGUUUGCAAACGCUGCUCCUUGAACUAUUCCCUCCUUAUCAACACAUUCCAACCAAUCCUCCAGUUCCAGGGCAUAUGAAAUGGGCUCACUGACUUCUCUUGUUAUCGUGGAUGUCUGGAUGUUCUAAUUCAUGGAUGUCGCAAGUGCAUAUGUGGUUAUAAAUUGAAAUGUGCGACGAUAUCAGAGACAGGUGGCAUGCUGGAGAGAAGUGUCUUGCCCCAUCUCCUGAAAGUGGGAAACUGUGUGAAGCCACAAUAAAGUCAGUUGAAACAGACAAGAAUGGGAAAUCAUUUGCAAUUGUAUCAUUUUUGGGGUCUGAAGAAAAGAACAUCAUAAUAACAAAACUCUGUAAAGCCAGAGCUGGUAAAGAUCCCCGGAAUAGCUUAAUAUUUGAUGAUGAAGAUUUGGAAAAGCCUUAUUUCCCCGACCAAAGGCUUCCAUCUCCUGCAGUUGCUUUUGAGCUAUCUGUAGAUGGGGACUGUAUCCCUUACACAAUUAAUAGGUAUCUGCGUGAUUAUCAAAGGGAUGGGGUUCAGUUUCUCUAUGGACACUAUGCUCGUAAAAGAGGAUGUAUUCUUGGAGAUGACAUGGGACUUGGAAAAACAAUACAGGUCAUUUCAUUUCUGGCUGCAGUACUAUGCAAAAAGGGAACACGUGAAGAUAUUGAAAACAAUAUGCCAGAGUUUUUAUUGAGGACCAUGAAAAAAGAACCAACAUAUAUCCCCAAAAAGACUUUCCUAAUAGUGGCCCCUCUUUCUGUGCUUUAUAACUGGAAGGAUGAGUUGGACACUUGGGGCUAUUUCAGGGUCGCUAUUUUACAUGGCAGUAGAAAGGACAAUGAACUGAGUCGUAUCAAGCAGGGAAAGUAUGAGGUUGCUCUAACAACAUAUGAGACGCUUCGCCUAUGUUUGGAUGAACUUAACAGCCUAGAAUGGUCAGCUGUCAUUGUAGAUGAAGCACACAGAAUCAAGAAUCCAAAGGCUCAAAUAACCCAAACUAUGAAGGCUUUAAAAUGCAAUGUUCGUAUAGGUCUUACUGGAACCAUUCUUCAGAACAACAUGAAAGAACUAUGGUGCGUCGUGGACUGGGCUAUACCCGGACUUUUGGGUAGCAGAACACAUUUCAAGAAGGAAUUUUCUGAUCCAGUGGAGCAUGGCCAGAGGCACACCGCAACUAAGAGAGAGCUAGCAACAGGUCGAAAGGCCAUGCAGAAGCUAGCAAGAAAAAUGUCUGGCUGGUUCCUGAGACGUACUAAGGCUUUUAUUAGUGAUCAGUUGCCAAAGAAGGAAGACAGAAUGGUAUACUGUUCCCUGACAGAGUUCCAGAAACAAGUAUAUCAAGCUGUGUUGGCAACAGAAGAUGUGAGCUUAGUACUGCGAGCACGGGAGCCCUGUAGUUGUAGCAGUGGCCGUAAAAGGAAGAAUUGUUGUUACAAAACAAAUGCCCAUGGUGAAACAAUGAGGGCACUGUAUUUCAGUUACCUGACAAUCCUUCGGAAGGUUGCUAAUCAUGCUGCUCUUCUACAGACCGAGAACACCAGCAAACUUCAGGAAGAACAUAUCAAAAGGGUAUGCAACCAGGUAUUUUCCAAGUUUCCAGAUUUUGUCCAGCUGAGCAAAGAUGCAGCCUUUGAAACAAUUUCUGAUCCAAAGUACAGUGGGAAAAUGAAGGUCCUUCAACAGCUUUUAAAUCACUUCAGAAAAAACAAAGAUAAAGUUCUUCUCUUCUCCUUUUCCACCAAGUUGCUAGAUGUGCUGGAACAAUACUGUAUGGCAUCUGGGCUAGAUUACCGAAGACUUGAUGGAAAUACAAAGUCAGAGGACCGGGCCAGGAUAGUGAGAGAGUUCAAUAGCAUGCAAGAUGUUAACAUUUGCCUUGUUUCUACAAUGGCCGGUGGACUGGGUCUCAAUUUUGUUGGAGCCAAUGUCGUUAUAUUGUUUGAUCCAACAUGGAAUCCAGCAAAUGAUCUUCAAGCCAUUGACAGAGCCUAUAGGAUUGGCCAGUGCAGAGAUGUGAAAGUGUUUAGAUUGAUAUCCUUGGGGACCGUGGAGGAGAUGAUGUACUUACGGCAGGUUUACAAACAGCAACUUCACUGUGCGGUAGUUGGAAGUGAAAAUGCCAAGCGAUAUUUUGAGGCAGUGCAAGGAUCAAAGGAACAUCAAGGCGAGCUUUUUGGGAUCCAUAACCUCUUCAAGCUUCGAACCCAGGGGUCCUGCCUUACAAAAGACAUCCUGGAGGUGUGA